UUUUGAGCCGAGUGUGAGCAGAGGGGGCGGGGGCCCGGGACGGUCUGGCUGUCGGGUCGGUCGACGCGUGAGCCCAUAGACCUGCGGCCGGGACUACCCUUCCAGACCGCGUAGCCCCAGAUGCGCGAGGGGACGCGGCCCCUCCCGCCGGGGGAUGCUGCGGGGCUCCCGGCGCCAGGCACCUGGGCGGCCCGCUAAGCCCGAGUGCCUGCCCUGUGCCCCCGGGGAAGCUCAGUCCCGCCGCCGAGGCGCUGCAGGGUGCCGGGCGGGGAGGGGGCUGGGGGCCCCGGGCCCGAGGGCAUGGAGCGUUUAGGGGAGAAAGCCAGUCGCCUGCUGGAGAAGUUAAGACUCUCGGACUCCGGCAGCGCCAAGUUCGGCCGCAGAAAGGGUGAAGCCACCCGGUCUGGGUCUGAUGGGACCCCCGGGCCGGGCAAGGGGCGCUUGAGUGGGUUGGGGGGACCCAGGAAAACAGGGCCCCGAGGAGCCACCGGGGGCUCAGGGGAUGAGCCCUUGGAGCCGGCCCGGGAACAAGGGCCCCUGGACGCCGAGCGGAAUCCGCGAGGCUCCUUUGAGGCGCAGCGCUACGAAGGCUCCUUUCCCGGGGGACAGCCGCCCACCCGGGCCUUGCCUCUACCUCAGUCACUGCCCCCCGAUUUCCGGCUGGAGACCACGGCCCCAGCCCUCAGCCCCCGCUCCAGCUUCGCCAGUAGCUCCGCCAGCGACGCGAGCAAGCCGUCCAGCCCCCGCGGCAGCCUGUUGCUGGACGGCUCGGGGGCCGGCGGGGCGGGAGGAAGCAGGCCCUGCAGCAACCGCACCAGCGGCAUCAGCAUGGGCUACGACCAGCGCCACGGGAGCCCCCUGCCCGCGGGACCGUGCCUGUUUGGGCCGCCGCUGACCGGGGCCCCGGGAGGCUACUCCCCCGGAGGGGUCCCGUCCGCCUACCCGGAGCUCCACGCCGCCCUGGACCGACUCUGCGCUCACCGGCCCGCCGGGUUCGGCUGCCAGGAAAGCCGCCACUCGUAUCCCCCGGCCCUGGGCAGCCCCGGGGCGCUAGUCGGGGCCGGAGGGGGAGCAGCGGGGCCCCUGGAGAGGCGCGGGGCGCAGCCCGGACGACACUCGGUGACCGGCUACGGGGACUGCGCGGCCGGCGCCCGAUACCAGGAUGAGCUCUCUGCUUUGCUGCGCCUGACGGCGGGCGCCGGGGGCCGAGAGGCUGGCGCCCGCCGGGAACCUUCGGGGAUCGAACCGUCGGGUCUCGAGGAGCCACCGAGUACGUUCGUCCCAGAGGCCGCCCGAGCCCGGAUGCGCGAGCCGGAAGCCCGCGAGGACUACUUCGGUACCUGUAUCAAGUGCAACAAAGGCAUCUACGGGCAGAGCAACGCCUGCCAGGCCCUCGACAGCCUCUACCACACCCAGUGCUUUGUCUGCUGCUCCUGCGGGCGGACUUUGCGCUGCAAGGCUUUCUACAGUGUCAACGGCUCUGUGUACUGUGAGGAAGACUAUCUGUUUUCAGGGUUUCAGGAGGCGGCUGAGAAAUGCUGCGUCUGCGGUCACUUGAUUUUGGAGAAGAUCCUACAGGCCAUGGGGAAGUCCUAUCACCCGGGCUGCUUCCGGUGCAUCGUCUGCAACAAGUGCUUGGACGGUGUCCCCUUCACCGUGGACUUCUCCAACCAGGUGUACUGCGUCACUGACUACCACAAAAACUACGCCCCCAAGUGUGCGGCCUGCGGCCAGCCCAUCCUCCCCUCCGAGGGCUGUGAGGACAUCGUGAGGGUGAUUUCCAUGGACCGUGAUUACCACUUUGAGUGCUACCACUGUGAGGACUGCCGAAUGCAGCUGAGUGACGAGGAGGGCUGCUGCUGUUUUCCUCUGGAUGGGCACUUGCUCUGCCAUGGCUGUCACAUGCAGCGACUCAGUGCCCGACAGCCUCCUGCCAAGUAUAUCUGAGCUGGAGUGGGUGCUGCUGCCGUCCUCACGGCGGGUGAACUCCUCUGGCCAGUGGACCCUCCGAGGCCAGCUGAGGGAAGCAAUGAGCUCCACAGUGCUGACAGAAGAGUCCUCUGGGGAAAGCCCCAAGGCCAGAGACCCAAAGAUCCUAACAUUCCAAACAGACCAAUGAGGGUGCCCGGUGUGCGCAGGGCGCAGGCUCCAGCCCUCUCUGAACGUGGGGUCCCGGCCCCUGUUUCCAGGGUGUUUGUGCAUACGAGAGUUUUGUGCCUGGGUGACGAGAGAGGGCGUCAUGAGUUCCUGGUUCCCGUGCACCCCAUAUGUGGUAUCAGGCCUCGGGCCAGCAGGUGUCCCCACAGUGCCCUCUCCGUACCUAGACGAGGAAGUGGAAACCCUGGCCUUUUUUCAGGAGUGAGUUCUCGUCCUCUCUAAGGAUGGGAAAUCUCCUCAUCCCUCCGCUGGGAAUGGGGGCCAGCUCCAGGUGGGCCUCGACCCGCAUUGCCUGUUUCUCAGGGACUCACAUAGGCCUGGGCAGGCUGAUGGGGGCUGUCCUUGGUCGCUCUUCUUAGCUGGGAGGUGACAAGUGUCCUGUGUGGGUGUGGGACUUGCUGGGUGGUGUGACUGGGAAGCUUCAGGCCAGCUCCCUUCCACAUGUGGGUCCACUGCACCCUCUGCCAGGAAAGGUCUGCAUGGGUGCGUUCAUGUGUGCGGGUGUGCGAGCACGCUUAGCAUCACCCCUUCCUCUCAGGUCAUUCUUACACUUGGUUCCCUAGUCAUAGUUUACCUCCAGAACGGCCACUCCCAGUGGACUUCCACUUAUAUCCACUGCAACCCCCAAACGCAGGUUUAGGGGUACCAGGAGGAGGAGUGAGGUACUUUGCUUCCAGUCAGUUUGACUGAAACUUGAAUUUACCUAAAAUUACAUUUCCUAAAACCACUUCACCACAAACGUGUUUGCUUAAAGUGCAGUUCUCUUAAUGAGCAGUUUUAUGAAAGCGAAAUUCCUUCUUGGGGUACUUUUAUUUAUAUUCGUUUAGGUAUUCUGUUCCUUUCUGACACACUCGAGUAUUUCAAGGAUUUAUAUCUAGUCAUUGAAGAGUUAACUACCAGUAACACAAAUUUCUCAAAUUUGCAGCACUUUGUAAAUGUAAGAUUGCUUCCUACCUUUGUGUAUGUCUUUUUUUCUAUGUUACCUACUUUUCAAACACUUUUUAAAAAGCUUAAAGGUUCUAGCAAUAAAUACAGUUGGUGCAGACA